AAUCAGGAGAAAGCCUUGUCUCCAUCUCCACCAAUAUGUGUUAAGGCAUCAUAUCUACUGUCCUGCAGGUCAAGAUCAGCAGCAUCGAGGCACGCACCGUGGCCCUCUACUUCUCGGCGUCAUGGUGCCCACCGUGCAGGCGGUUCACCCCAAAGCUCACAACGAGCUGAUCUCCCAGCCGGAAAAGAGCUUCGAGGUCGUCUUCGUCUCAGGCGACAGUGACAUGGACGAGUUCAGUGCCUACUUCGCCAAGAUGCCCUGGCUGGCGGUGCCAUUCUCGGACUCCAAGGCUCUCGCCGACCUCAAUGAGCGGUUUAAGGUGAUGGGCAUCCCACACCUCGUCAUCCUGGAUGCAGAAUUCGGUGAAGUUUACACUGAAGAUGGGGUUGAGCUCGUGAGUGAGUAUGGCGCAGAAGCUUACCCUUUUACUGCAGAGAGGAUCAAUGAGUUGAAGGAGCAGGAGAAGGCAGCUAAGGAGAACCAAACCAUUCAUAGUGUUCUUGGUACACCCACUCGGGACUACUUAAUUUCGAACGGGGGAGACAAGGUACCCAUCUCUGAACUGGAGGGCAAGUACGUUGGUUUGUGCUUUGUGGUGGAUGGCUAUGGUCCAGUUGUUCAAUUCACUUCGUUGCUUGCUAAAAUAUAUGAGAAACUCAGAGAAGUCGGGGAGAAAUUUGAAGUUGUAGCUGUAUCCGUGGACGGUGAUGAGGAAUCAUUCAGUGAGAGUUUUGCAGCCAUGCCUUGGCUUGCCAUUCCUCAUGGAGACAAGGUGUGUGAGAAGUUGGCUCGUUAUUUUGAGCUUAGAGGCCUGCCUACACUUGUCCUGAUUGGUCCUGAUGGGAAAACACUGAACAAUGAUAUUGCUGAGAUAAUUGAUGAGCAUGGUGUAGAUGCAUGGGAAGGGUUCCCUUUCACUGCAGACAAGCUGGGAGUUCUCGCCGAGAAGGCGAAGGCCAGAGCUGAAGCCCAGACCUUGGAGUCACUUCUGGUCACUGAUGGUUUGGACUUUGUCCUUGGGAAAGAUGGGGUGAAGGUUCCUGUCUCAGAGCUUAAAGGGAAGACUGUUCUCCUCUACUUCUCAGCUCAAUGGUGCGGGCCUUGCCAAGCCUUCCUGCCCAAGCUCGUCGCUGAAUACACCAAGAUCAAGGAGAAGCACAGCGAUUUCGAGAUCGUCUUUCUGUCCAGCGACCAAGACCAGAGCUCCUACGACGAGUUCUUCUCCAGCAUGCCAUGGCUCGCUCUUCCUCUGGGAGACCCCAGGGAGAAGCAGCUGGGCAAGACCUUCAAGAUCCGCGGGAUCCCGUCGCUCGUCGCCAUCGGCCCCGACGGGAGGACGGUGACCGGGGACGCCAAGGCGCCACUGACCGUCCACGGCGCCGACGCGUUCCCGUUCACCGGCGAGAGGCUCCAGGAGCUGGAGAAGAAGAUGGAGGAGACGGCGAAGGCGUGGCCCGAGAAGGUGAAGCAUGAGCUGCACGAGGAGCACGAGCUCGUGCUGACGCGCAUGGCCACGGUGUAUGGCUGCGACGGGUGCGGGGAGAUGGGCGGUUCGUGGUCCUACAGGUGCAAGGAGUGCGACUUGGAUCUGCACACCAGGUGCGCGCUGGAGAAGAAGGGCGACGAGGAGGCUGCUGCUGGCUAUGUGUGCGAGGGAGACGUUUGCAGGAAGGCCUAGCCUAGCUAGAGAUGUUGUUUUUCCUUCCUUCCCCAUGUUGUUGUCUCCUUGUCCAGCUUUUUCCUGAAUGUUGAGGUCUGAAUUGUGCUGGGAUGGGUAGUGGCAGUAAUACAUACUACAUGUUUCAUGGUUUUGCUUGCAAUGACUAUGUUUUUUUUUUCAUGGACGAAG